GGAUUUGGAUGUACUAUAUGCUUAUCAAUAUGCUAUUGUUUUUCUUACAGGUUUAUCUUACAAUUAUUUUUUAUGCUUGAUCGAAUUGUGGGCAUGGAUAGCACUGAAGGUCCAAGUCUCUUUCCAUUGCACCGUUGCAAAACUCUGCACCUGGUGAGGCAUGCGCAAGGGAUUCACAAUGUAGAAGGUGAAAAGAAUCAUGAUGCCUACUUAUCACACGCACUUUUUGAUGCGCACCUUACUCCUCUGGGCUGGGACCAGGUUCAUAACUUGCAUAACCAUGUGCAUGCAUGUGGGCUUGCUAAGAAGGUUGAUUUAGUCAUUGUUUCUCCAUUGCUGAGGACAAUGCAAACAGCUGUGGGAGUAUUUGGUGGUGAGAGUUAUGUGGAUGGGGUGGAUGCACCUCCAUUAAUGAUUGCAAAUGCAGGGAAUAGUGACCAUCCAGCCAUUUCAAGUUUAAAUUGCCCACCUUUUAUCGCCGUGGAAACUUGUCGUGAACAUCUGGGAGUUCACCCGUGUGACAAGAGGAGAAGCGUAAGCGAAUACCGUCAUCUUUUUCCUGCAAUUGAUUUUUCACUGAUAGAGAGCGAUGACGAUAUUUUGUGGACAGCUGAGACAAGAGAGGCAAACGAGGACGUUGCAGCUAGGGGAAUGAAGUUUAUUAACUGGUUGUGGACGCGGAAAGAGAAGGAGAUUGCUGUUGUUACCCAUAGCGGAUUCCUGUUUCAUACCCUACAAAGUUUUGGGAACAAUUGCCAUCCAUCAGUUAAGAAAGAAAUCGGCAAACACUUUUCCAAUUGCGAGCUACGUUCGAUGGUUUUGGUUGACAGAUGUAUGAUUGGAUCGGAUUGUUCGACGACUAAUUACCCAGGAAAGAUUCCUUCUGGACUUGAUCUCCCGAACAACGUCGCGCAUGAAAAGCACCCGGAGAAGGAAGUAGCCAACUCGAUAUAGAGUCCAACACUUGCCAUUUUGCCACUGCAGGACAGCCAUCCAUUUCUCUAGCUUAAUUCUUUAGAAGCGGCCGCCUCUUGAUGGGCCCCACUUACUGUGUUGUUUUGUGAGUCGAUAAAAAAGAAAGCUACCUGAGAUUCUUUUAUGAGCUUCGAGUCAACACUGAAGAGACUGAAAAAGAUAAUUAGGCAUUGAUUCUUUUUGGAAUGAUGCCAUGGAAUCCAUUUACUCAGCCCAAUUAAUUUUAGGUUGUUGGGUUUGAAAAAUUUUAUAUGUAUGUUCAGGUGUACUGAUGAUACAUAUGAAAUGAGAUUGACUGAUAAAUAAUGUGUGGGGAUACAAUGCUUGCAAGGUCAAGGAUGUGUCUCUGUAUUAAGGUCAUGUUUGGAUGACCAAUCGAACUGAAUUCCAUUAACCCAAUUGGGUUUCAAGAUAUAUGCUUUUGUAGUUAGGCUUCAA